UCAGGUCUCAACUCAAAACAAAAGUUCCCCAAGUGUCGUAUCCUCCCAAAGUAACUGUUGCUUCUACUUCUUCCUCUCUAGCCCUAAGAUUUUCCGGAGAAACUUGGAAUGGUUUUUAUGAGCUAAAGAAAAAAGAAAUGGAGGUCUCCGAUGAUGAAGAAAAUAUUCUGUUGUUAGACCAAAUAGAGAAAGAAUCAUCUCAGCCUUCAGCACCGAAUGGUAGGAAAUUUGUAGAAGAAGUAUUGAAUGGUCACGACAACACAAAUUGUUGCGAGAACUUUCGUAUGACUAAAGAACACUUCUCCAAUUUAUGUGUCAUUUUACAAACUAAAGGACUAUUGCGACACACAAAUAGGAUCAAGGUUGAGGAGCAAUUAGCUAUUUUCUUGUAUACAAUUGGCCACAAUCAACGUAUUCGAGCAGUGCAGAAGCGGUUUGAUUAUUCCGGUGAAACCAUUAGUCGCCAUUUCAACAAUGUGCUAAAUGCAAUUAUGUCACUUUCUUCAGAUUACUUUGAUUCUCAAGUUCCUGAGUGCCCUCAAGAAAUUUUAGAAGAUACCCGAUUCUAUCCCUAUUUCAAGAAUUGUGUAGGCGUGGUAGAUGGGAUGCAUAUUCCAGUUAUGGUCGGUGUCGAUGAGCAAGGUCCUUUUCGUAAUAGGCAUGGAGUUCUUUCACAGAAUGUUAUGGCAGCUUGUUCCUUUGGUUCCCAGUUUCAGUAUGUUCUCGCUGGCUGGGAAGGCUCAGCAACAGAUUCAUGUGUACUUAAUGCUGCACUUACAAGGCAUAGCAAGCUUCGUGUUCCUGAAGGCAAAUUUUAUCUGGUUGAUGAGGACUACAGAAACACGCCUGAUUUUAUCGCUCCAUAUCCUGGUGUUCGUUACCAACUGAGUGAAUUUUCAGACUUCCCUUGCAGUGAGAUGGAGUUAGAGAUGGCUUCAGAGUUGCGGGAUUCUAUUGCUGCUGAAAUGUGGAAUGAUCACAUACGAGAUUCAUUAAAUUUAAGGUUCGAUCAUUAAAAUUGGGUGUGAGUGGUCCACAAACAGGGAAGGUUCUGCCAGGUCUAUAAUCUUUUGAAACCUGUUUGAGUGAAUUCAUAUUGGGAACACAGGAAACCUCAAGAAAUACUAUCAUAGGCAGCGUAUUUCUAUUGCUAUGGCAAUAUCAAGGUGGCCGGUUUCCUCCUCUUCUCAACUUGCACUCCUAGCGAGUGCUCAGUGCUCAUCUCUGCAGAUUUGACAUCGAAGAUUGAUGUCAAAUUGAAAGAACAAUCUCAAUUGAAAGAAACAGGGUUGCUAAUCUUAUUUUGUUUGUUCAUGUUUCUCGUAGAAGUGAGGAUUAGGUUACAUAUAGGGAUGGUGUGUUAGGAAAUAACUUGUGAUUUUGCAAAGUAUUUGUAGUUUUUUUUUUUAAAUCCGAAGUUUUUGUAGUUCAAUGUUUAAAACCUGCCUAUGACAGUAACGAAACGGCUGUUAUUAUAUAUUAGGAGCUGAAGCUUAAAUUCAAAU